AUGGCCGAAGCUGGCGACCGUCGCGCGGUCCUGCGGCAGCAGCUACUCGACGCCGACGUGCGCAUGCGCUACGACUACGCGUGGCGCUCGGGCGAGUUUGGCAACAAGGUUGACCGCCUCACCGGCGCUUGCCUUCGCUUUCUCUACCUCGCAGGCACCUCGUGCGCCGAGCAGCUAUCCGUGCGCUGGCUCGACGCGGUCUCGACGCCGUACCCGACGCUGCAAACGGCCCUCGAAGAUGCUUGUAAGCACGUAGAAAUGCCGUUCUCGUCCGAAGCGACAGAUGCGCCGACCGCCGCCUUUGCCUACCUCGGGCCGCAUGCCAUGGGCCAUGUGGCCGCGACGCUGCCGCUGCCCGACACCAGCAACGUGCUCUAUUUCAUCUUAAUGGGCGACGCAGCUUGCUUGGCGCCGUGCACCGGCGAAGAAGAGCGUUUGCGUGGGCUGAGCGCGUUUGGGCUCGGCCAAGAACUCUGCGAGCACAUGGAGGCCCACGGGUACCACGCGGUGCGGCACCACGUGGUCGAGUACAAGGCGACGGCGUUUACAGAGACGCUCGGCGCCGUCAUGGACUCAUUCUCGGUGCCGCAGUCCAACUUGAUGGUGCACACUGAAAAGUGGGUCGUCUACGCGCCGACGUCGAACACCGUGUUUCACAUGUCGGACGACGCCGACGUCAACGACGAUGCGUUUUGGCGCGCUGCCGCCAAAGGCAAGGUCUGUGACAACUGCCACGAGUCGCCGCCCAAGCUCCUGCGCUGCGUGCGCUGCUUGAACGCAUUUUACUGCUCCAAGACGUGCCAGAAAGAGGCGUGGAAGGCCAUGCACAAGGCCGAGUGCGUCCCGUCGUCGGCGUAG